AUGGUCUCUGCACUUUCAUGUUAUUGCUGUUCAAUUGACAUAGUACUUUCCCAGGCAGACAAGUCUAUCGCAUGGCUGCUAAAAGAUUUGAAGAAACUUCCAGUACCUGAGAGGAAAAUUGACUGUAAAGCAGGCUUAGCAAAGCCUUGUGUUGGAGUUAUGAUUGCAAAAUCUGUCUCCUUGGAUCACAUUCAUCCAAACGGCGCUGAGAUACAGAAACCCGAGGCAGAGGGAGGAGUUUUCACAGAAAUCGAGUAUAUUGAAUCCCAUGACUUGAACACUGUGACCGAUGUUGAUGCAGCUCUCAAGACACUUUUAACUGGACUAGACUCCAAGGACUGGGUUUCCACCUGUGAUGCUCUCAAUAGUGUUCGUCGCCUUUCAAUAUUCCACAAGGGAGAAAUGCUGCCUUUGCUGGAGAAAGUGAUCCCGCUCGUCGUGAAGUCACUGAAGAACCCAAGAAGUGCUCUGAGUAAAACCGCGUGUAUGACAUCUGCAGACAUCUUCAGCUCAUAUAACGACCAUAUAAUCGAUCAACUGGAUCCCCUGCUUACUCAACUCCUCCUUAAAUCUUCCCAAGACAAGCGCUUUGUUUGUGAGGCAGCCGAAAAAGCAUUAGUAGCAAUGACCACACAUGUUUCUCCUACCUUGCUGUUGCCUUGUCUGAAGAAUAGGAAUCCUCGGAUCCGUUGUGCUUUUCCCCAAGUGUUUUCCGAAUGGUACACUUCACUUAAUAAAAACAACCAUUCUUGUUCUGGCAUUGAAGGCAUUAGAGAAUAUGGAUUUGAGAAACUGGUCCAAGCAACCGCGUCUCAGCUUAGUGACCAACUCCCAGAAUCCCGAGAGGCUGCACGGACGGUCUUACUCGAACUUCAGACAGUUUACAAUAAAUCUCAUCCUGUGGAAUCCGAGGAGGAGGAACAUCCAGAGGCUGCCACUUGGCAAAUUUUCUGCCAAUCAAAUCUCUCGCCGCUUAGUGCACAGGCCGUGCUUCGUGCCACCAAUGUCGCUGGUGCGGCUCGAGAGGGUCUUGUUACGGGUUCAUGA